UGUUUAAAUCGCUGUAUACAAGUUCAACUCAAGACAGAGAUGGCGGAUCAAUUCGCAUAUGCUAACAUGCAACAAGCGGGCCAAGCUGGAUACCCUUCUUUUCACUACCCAACAGCGAGUGGUGACCAAAAUGCCCAGUUGCUCCAAGGCUAUGCACUUACCCAACAGGGGAAUCCGGCUGCCGGAGUUCCAGGUUCAAUGUUUGGGGCUCAGUCAGCUGCCUCGUAUAAUUUUGACCAUACCGGUUCCUGUUACAGUCAAUCUUCGUCUAUUCCUGUAUGCCAAGUGGAUGGCUCACAGGUUUCCAUGCAACCUGGUGCGGGGGGUUUCGCCUAUCCUAAUUUCUCUGGAUCAUUUAACCAGUAUCCAGGAAUGGGGCAAGGUAUGCCUCCUGGACUGUCAGCCGUCCAAGCAGGCUUCAGCACUGAUAUGCAACAGUUUGGCCCGCUUAUGGCUAAUGCAUUUGGGCAAACAAUGUCUGCUAAUGGAGCAAUUUUAGAGGCUAUAGCACAUGAGCAAGGACUUGCAGGUUUUAAUCCAGUCGCUUUUCUCCAAGACCCAACUGGUUCGAAUUCGCGGGGUGGAUUGGGCACUGGAAGAGGCAGCAGCCAAAGAGGUGGAUAUAACAAAUUUGGCGGUUCACGAUCGGGAUCCAACCUACCCAGUGUUACUAAUCCUGAUGGCCUCCGCGAAGAUACAAUAUUUAUCAGUAACUUGCCACAAAACAUUGAUCACGAAGUAAUGAAGUCUCAAUUCGGGGUCGUUGGAAAAAUUAAAAUCAACUCAAAAAGCGGCAUGCCUAUGAUAUGGAUAUUCAAGGAGAAAGGCAUACCGAAAGGGGAAGCACUUGUGACUUACGAAGACCCAAGUUGUGUUCAGUCAGCGAUCCAAUGGUUCAAAGAGCACGAGUUUUUGGGUAGGAAAAUCGAAGUCAAACAAGCCAUUAACAGUCAGCGACCAGUUAUUAUUCCUCCAGGUGGUGGUGGUGGUUUGCUUGGCGGAAAUGGGAACGGACCCAACAACCCCGCAGCUGCUCUGGCCGUGGCAGCUGUUGCUGCAGCUGCCAGUGGAAAUACUGUUGCCAGUCUGAUGAAUAAUAGUGCAGCUGCUGCUGCCAGUCUUGCUGCUCUCACAGCCAACAAUCCUCAACUUGCUGCCCACUUUGAGUCUAAAGAGUAUCCUGGCAUGGGUCGUGGAGCUAGCACAGCAUCACGAGGAGCUCGUGGAGCAGUAACCAAUGGUUCUGCUGGGAGGACAAAUGUCGGUUCAGCACAAGCAGGCUCACGAGAAGGUGACUGGAGCUGUCCACAAUGUGGUAAUAUCAACUUCUCAUGGAGGGAGCAGUGCAACAGGUGUCAGUCUACACGUUUAGGUGAUGGGUCCAGCAAUACUGAGGCCAAUGGAAAUUCCAGAAAUAAUGUGAGUGCUGUUAGCCGUGCUGCUCAACCCCCUGCUGCAACUAUGAAUUCCGUUUCUCAGCAGAACGCGCCCGGGUUUGGAAGAGGGGGUACAAUGAGUUCAACUGCAGGUGCUAAUCGAGGUGGACGAGGUGGUGGUCCCAUGCGUGGAAGUAGUGCUGGUACUGGCCGAGCACGUCCAGCACCCUAUUAAACUAUCUGAAUGUAUGCUUCUUGAAAGUUAUCUUGAAGCAUUCCUUGACGUUUUCAGGAUGCAUUUCAGGUCCCUGCUGUCUACACUUAGUAUCUCUGUUGUCUCAUUAACUGUGGAUGGUUUACGAAUUUAUAUUGUAUUUGAAUUGUGUAAUUAUGGGUCAUUUAAUUCAGCAGUCGUAAUAAUCUUGACUUCAACUGAGUUACUUUCGAUCGGGUAUCCGUAACAUAUCUUCUGAGGAACAUUAAGCAACAGUCCUAAUCGAUGCGUCACAGUUUUCACUUAUUUUGUGGAAGUAGUCUAUUUAGUUUGUUAUACUUGAAGUUAGUUUUAGAGCUUGAGUUCAUUAGAUAUCUUAGUGUCAUUAAUGCAUCUGUAGCCGCGGUUUCUUUUGCUGUAGUUGAAAUUGCUCUGUUUAGUAAGAUGUAACAUUUACUAGUGUUAGACUUUCUCGGAACCGAGUUUUUUUGUUACAUGCUUUUUGUUUCUUCACUUCACAAGAUUUCAAGAAGCAUUAUAUUGAUAUCGCUAAGAGUUAGGUUUGCGAAAAAAUAAUAUUCCUUUCAUAUCAACAGCUAUUUGAAUUAUUAACACAAGGUCUGAGGUUUAUUUAUAGGUUGUUUUCAGAAAUGAUUUGUCAACCAAACAUCUAAGAAGUACCUUUGUCUAGAUUCUAACCACCCUUCUUUGGUAUGGAUUUAUCCUGCUCCAGAGGUCCUGGAGCUAGUUUUCGUCCUUGGCAUUCGUCAGGGUAUUUUGUGUUGACAAAACGACCAUCUUCGUCAACCUGAAUUAAUUUGACGCCAGACAUAUAUGGCAUCUAUCCUAAAUAAAAUGGUAUACUCAUUACUUCCUGGAAUUUGAGAAAAUCGUCAACUUCUCGUUUCAAGCCUAAAUUGUUUAUCCAUGAGAUCUUUUGAAGAAUACACUUAGUAACUUUGACACCUGUUCAUUUUCCUAGCUUAUCCAUAACGCCUAUGCCAGUUCAUUGAGCAUCACCAUCAGAGAAUAUGAAUAUAAAUACUAGCUUUGAAAAUUCACCAAGUCUUCACAAACCCCAAAUUAAGAAAUAUAAGUUUUAUAUGACUUCGUAAAGUUGAGUGAGUACAUUUACGAUGGCCUUGAUUGAAUAUUCUGUUGCACAGGUCAGAGUGCACAUCUAGGAAAGAUGAAGUAUAAGAUGGA